GUAAUUCAUAGUUUCACUUUUCCUCCUCGGCUUGGGGAGUGUGACGGACUCUGUAUGAUCGCGUCAAACCCACCAAAGGAUUAGUAAGAUGGCAGAGCGGGCCCGGACUGUGAGGGUGAGUGGUCUGCCGACAGACAUUGAGGAUGACAGGCUGAAAGACAAGCUUUUAAUCCACUUCCUGAGAAGAAGAAACGGAGGCGGGGAAGUAGAGUCUGUCAGCAUCGUCAAGGCAACAUCCGAGUGUGCCCUUAUCACCUUUGAGGACAGUGGAGUGGCACAGAGAGUGAUUCAACACAGCCGACACAUUUUGGAAGUGGACGGGAAGAGGCACAAAGUGACUGUAACUGAGCAUUGGGAAUGUCCUGAUCCAGACAAGGUCAUCCUAAGUUUAUCAGCAACUGUCAAUUACAGUCAGCUUCCUGGGGGAUUGAUUGCACUGACAAGCAUUCAGAAGAGCCAUCCUGAUGUCAAGAUAAGCUGCCAUGCCACUAAGGAGUUGUACACAUUGCGGGGGGCUUACUCCAAAGUCCAAGCUGCUUUGGUGCAGCUGCUUGGCCCACCUGGAGGCUUUCAGCCAGUGGAAACAAAUCAUUCUGAUCAACCUGCAACAAGCAGCUCCUUCACUCCUCAGACAACGCAUAAGCCAAACAUUCAGGACUUAGAAGAUCACGGCAAGAAACCUAAUAAACAACGAAUACAGAAAGAGAAAGAUCGCAGAGUCAGACCUCCUAAUGAGUACAACCCAGCCUCUUAUGGACAUCCGACACUUGGUGGCUACAGCUGGGCAGAUCCCGAGGGUGAGCAUCCCACCACACCAGAGGACUUCUCUCUCAUAGUUGAUGCAGACAUGUUCCAGUAUCUGAAGAAACAUUGCCAAAAGGAAUACCAGAAGAUCCUCAGAAACUACAGUGUGGAAGUGGUGGAUGUGACCAACCAGGGCUUGACUACUCUGUUUCUGCAGCUUGAGACAGGAGGGGACGAAGACGGUCGAGGUCAGGAGCGCAUGAAGCUGGCAAAAAAGGCAAUAAGUUGGCUUUACCAAGAGAAUGAGACCAAAAUACGUAGAGCCCAGCUCCCUAAAAACAUCCUGUCCCCAAGAGGAGGUCUGCAGAGGGCAGUGGAAAAUUUAAGUGUCAGACUUCCAAAGCUUCUUCUCAAUGAAGAUGCGCAAAACAUUUACAUUAUUGGGAGCAGUAGUGAUGUGUCUGAGGCCAAGCAGUUUCUUCUCCUAGACCAUGGAGAAGAAAAAGAAGACUUAUCCAGCCUUCUUCGACAUUCUCCUUAUGAUUCACCAGGUACUUCGACUCAUGCUGGUACACAUAUGCUUCCUGCCAUUUCGUCCUCUGGUGUAGAUCCAGUGGAUGAUCGGUUGAGCUAUCUGCUGAGAUCAGAAGAAGAUGAUAGAAAAGAUGAAGGAGCCAGGAAGUAUAAACUAGCAGCUCGAUUUAAGGAUUCAGGAAUAGGUGCCUUAAGCAGUCGACCAACUGACUUUAGCUUACGAGGUCUCUCGUCGCCAAAUAAACAAGCACAUGUCGGGCCAGUUUUAGGGCGUAAUGUUUUCUCAGAUGUUCCAGGUGAAGGAGUCCCUAGAGCACAAGCCCAAAACACAGGAGGGGACAUCUUGUUCAAUAAUGGAAAUGCUUUGAGUCCUGCUAGGAACAAAACACCCCCAAACUCACAUUCAACCGAUACUCAACCCAAGAGUAUUACAACGCCACUAAGCGGAGGAAGUUCUUCACGUCCACCUGCAGGGUCUGGAUCCAGUCUAAGGCGGGCAAGUAGUUUCUCUGGAACGCCUCAGCAGAAGGCUCAGAUUGUGGGACAGAAGAGUCAAGAGGACCCUGGUAAGACCAGAGGCAGGUCAUCUAGCUUUAGCAACCAACCAGGUAGUCUCAAACAAGAAGUCUACACUGCAGAGAUUACACUUUCCUCCAUAAUGUGGCAGCACAUAAAAGAAGUCUACAGCACACGAGUGGACGACCUCACCUCUGAUGUCCAGGCGAAAGAGACCAGCUCAAGGGGUGGUACCGAUGUGACCGUCAUCUUAAGAGGGGCAAGCUGGGCUAAAGUGACGUCAUGUCAGCAGGGUUUACAGAAGCUGCUUGAUUCAGUUGGUGUGGACUUUUCCCUGCAGGAGCUGAAACUGUCAGAGCUGGGCAUUACUGACAACUCUGAUGAGAACCUAUUGGCUUGCUGUGCUGAGGCUCGUAGCCAGUUCAAGAAGGUAACCUUCCACAUUUUAAGUAGCAGUUUAUUUCUCUGCGGUCCCAAAAAGUUAUGUUCUGAAGUGAAGGCUUCACUGCUAGAGGUGUUCUCUGGAGUUUUGGCCCCAAGUCCAGAUGACUCAAGUAGCACCUCUGCCUCCAGCUGGUAUCCAUCUACAUUUUUACAAACAAAUGAGGGCCUUGGAGCUGGACUGCAGAGUUACAGUAGUCCUCAAGCAAUGUUAGAGAGCCAAACAAGCCCAGCUGAUGUGACAGAUAGUCGUCAAGAAAGGACAGCAAACCAUAGAAGUUAUCUCCAAGAGACGGAGCUCACAAAUGGGUCGAUCACCCAAGUAUCAGUGAAAAAAGAUCCUGUCAUCAAGGAAAAAUUGAAGGUUGUAACUACAACAGAGAUGGAGGUUAAAACAGGAAAUGAGAGGAGUGCGAGUCAUUUAAAUGGUGAAGGGUCAACAACCAGCACUGUAAAGGAUAACAGAGAAAAAAACACCCAAAAGGACAGUACACAACAGAGCCAAUUUGAGUUCCACGACACCCCAGAGGAAUCCAGGUUGGCCACAGGAGGACCAGAAUGCAUCUGUCUGUGUGGGAGAAGCGACAAGCUGAUGAAAAAAACCAAAUGUGGAGCUACCUUCUGCUCAGAGUGCCUGGAUGCAGUACAUUCACAGUGUAAGGUUUGCCAUAAAGCAGAGCAGACACCGUUGGGUUCUCAGGGCAAAAUGGAAACAUCCAAAAUACACCUCAGCCUCCCAGGUCAUAAGAGAGACACAGCGAUCAAGAUCAUUUACAUCAUUCCUGAUGGUAUCCAAGGGGAGAGACACCCUUCUCCAGGAAAACCCUUUAAAGGAGGGGUAUUCGAAGCUUUCUUUCCUGACUGCGAGGAGACAAGGAAGCUGCUGCCAAGACUCCAGAAAGCCUUCAGGAAAGGACUCACCUUCACAGUAGCAGAGAAAGCUACGGGUGCCAAGGUCAUCUGGGACUGCAUCCCACACAAGACCUCCGUACAUGGAGGCAGAUUAAGCAGCGGUUACCCAGAUUCCUCUUACUUGACUCGUUUGUCUGCGGUGUUGACCUCCAAAGGGAUUGAAGAGACAUCUGUGAAGUCUUCAGAGUAGAAUCAACCCGAGACGGAGUUUUUAAGUUGUUUUAUAUACUGUAUGUUAAUUGUUUUUGGAGUUGCAACCUUUUGAUCAGUAUCUGUAUGGUAAGAAUUACCAGGUUAUAAUGGAACAACUUGAAUAUUGAAGUCUAAUGUUGUAUAUAUUGUUUUAUAAAAGUUUUUUUUACUUAAAAUACAGCUAUUUUUGAUUCUUUGUUGUGUAAAUUUGUCUAGUAAUAUUCUGUAUACUGUUCGUUAUUCUGUAUAGAUAAACAUACUCUUCUCUGAGGUGUUAAGGAUGACCUAGAUCAAGGGAAACAGGAAGUUUUUGUAAAGUGUUGGGAAAGUGUUGGGAAGUGAAAUAAAUUAGUUUUAAAAGCUUUUACAUCUCCAU